AUGGCAGUAAUUAACCAACCCAACAGUCAGAUACGACUCACUAAUGUCUCCCUCGUACGAAUGAAGAAGGGAAAAAAGAGAUUUGAAAUUGCAUGUUACCAGAACAAGGUUCAAGAUUGGAGACAAAAAACGGAAAAAGAUCUUGACGAAGUGCUUCAAAUUCCUCAAGUAUUUACCAAUGUUUCCAAGGGCCAGAUAGCCAACAAUGACGAUUUGAAGGCUUGUUUUGGAAGCACCAACGUUGAUGAGAUCAUUUUGGAGAUUUUGGAUAAGGGAGAGAUCCAGUUAAAUGAAAAAGAACGCAGUGCCAAUUUACAACAAAAACAGAAUGAGUUCUUGAAUAUAAUCUCCACAAAGUGUAUAAACCCGCGUUCCAAGAAACGGUAUCCCCCGUCAAUGAUUCAGAAAGCAUUGAACGAAGUAAAGUACCAUGUUAAUCCUGCCAAACCCACAAAAAUUCAGGCUCUUGAAGCCAUCAAGGUAUUGAUAGAGAAACAGAUAUUUCCCAUUGCGCGAGCCCAGAUGAAGGUUAAGGUUGUCCUAGCCAAUAAAGUGAAGAAACAGGUAUACGAUGAGCACAUCAAGCCAUUGAUAGACAAGAUUGAAGAUGAGCACCAAGACGCCAAGAUGUUUGAGUGCAUUGGUAUAAUUGAUCCUUUUAACUACAGGGCGAUAGUGGAACUCCUUCAAGGCGAAAAUGCCAAAGUUAAGCAAGGGGAAGGCAGCAUUGAAGUUAUAGAUAUGGCUGCGGUGAAGGAAUAA